UCUACAGUCACUGUGCUGGAGGUAAAAUCAGGGCCUGGGUGGAUUUUAGAGAGACAUGUAAAAAAGGGAUUUCCCACAACUCUGCAUGUAUGAUCCCCCCCUGGAGCUCUGCUGAAGGACUUGGAUAUGUGAAUGAGAUCAGGUAAGAGCAGUGACCGGGCUUUAAUCAUUGCUGGAGAGGUGCUGAAAGGUUGUGUAAUGAACUGUAACCCUAACCCUAACACACACACACACAUGUUUUCUGUUAAAAUGUGGUUGAUAAUCCUGCUUUUCCAGGAGACUGAGACUAAAUGGCCUGAAUCAGCUCCAGAGAUGUGUGCCCUCUGUUUUCCUUUAAAAUGUGUUGGGUUGUUAGAAUGGCCUUGUUAAAAGUGAUGAGUGUAAAACUGUUGGCAGUCCUGUCCCACGGAAGAAGGACUCAUCCACUAUUAUCUGUCAUAUCCUAUAUGUGGUACAGACAGCACCAAUGGUGUAAGAGUUACGUGUAAACACAACUGUCAUUGUCUAAAUCUGACGAAACUUUUGCAGAAAGUUGAGUGACAACAACUCUGUGGGGCAAGAAAAAAAAUGAGUUGUGGACAAACACAGAAUGUAAAUUUUUCUCCCCUUCGAAAAGCACUCUGUUUGACACGCAAACAAUCAGCCGGUCGGCCAUGUUGGAAUCUGACGUCGCAACAACACGCAAUCUGAUUGGUCAGAAGGGGACACUCAGUAUGCGAAACUUCAGAAAAAUCGACCAUGAUCUGAAAAAAAUAAAUGCAGGAUGGGAAAAAGUCGCUGAUGUGAACGAUUGUAUUGACAGGAUACGGGUUCAAAAAAAAAUAUUGACGUCUGAAAUAAUCGCACGACAAAAACGGUCCAUGUGUAAGGACCUUAGGAAAAACAAUGGCAAAUAGACAUAACACAAAUGAAUAAAGAAUCUUCAUCAAGUUGACAAUACAUGAGUAGCAUUUAAAAUGUGCUUUAAAACAACAAUAUAGCUUUUACGCAUAUCUUUGCCAAAUACCACAUCGGUUGUGUAGUUGUGUCAUCAUAUUAGGCUGGGAUGUGGUUGUGUCUCUUCACUUGGAGUAGGUUUUCUCACAGCUUUGUCAAAGUUUGGAAGAUAGGAUUAUUAUGUUUGCAGUGUUCUCCAAUAUCAUGUGUUUCUAUAAUUUGCACCUUGUUUAGUUUUAAGGCAAUCUAGUAUUGAUUUUAUUUAGUUUAAUUUAUUUAUUUAUUUAGCUUAAGGAUUUGUUUUUGCAAAAUCAGUCAAGGUACAGGAUUCCUGCAAAAAAAACCCUGCAUGCAUCUAGAUGAAAAUGAUCAAAACAACCACUUUAAACACUAAUUCACAACCAAAACCAGACCUGUAUUUGAUGUCUGCAUGGUAUAUACUGAGCACAACAUGCAUUGCAUAUUGUAAAUGUCCUCCAGUCAGACAUCCAGUCCUCGGUCAUUAGGCAUCGUUUACCCCAGCAUGGUAAAACCCUCUUCAAUUAAAAUGGUUUAAACUGCCCUCAGAAUUAUGUGGUGUGUGGCAUUCAUUUUUUAGACUAGUUUCACAAUCAUAUUAAAGACAGUAAUUCACACGCAGUCCUGCAGCUUGACUAUAUUGCUUGCAGACUCAUCUAGGGCUCACAAUGAGUCUCUCUAAGCCACAGUUAUAAUGGACUAUUCACCACAAAACUGCAAAGCUCUUAAAAGCUGCUCAAAGUGCAGAAUUUUUACCAGUUUGUUAUUCAAUUCUUCACUGAAAGGACAACUGGACUUGUUUGAGGUUCUUGAAGAUGUUUGGCUUUCACUGUUCAAAGAUUUUGUAGUGAAUAGACUUCCUUGAAAACACUGUAUCUCCCCCAGUUUGCCAAGUUUUGUUGAUUGAGAUGCUUUCAGAGUUCUUAUAACAGAAGACAGAAUUUGUCCUUCAAUGACCACAAAAAGGGAUGAUGUGAAAGAAAUACUAAAGACUUUAUAGUUACAAACCUAUCUUGUGCAUGCAUAGGAUUCUGGAGGGAUACCAUUGACUGUUCUCUCCACCCAGACCCCCAAAAAGCCAAGACGUUUAUUUGUUUUUCAUCAAGGCUCCUCGUUCCUACAGAACUGACUUGGACACUUUAUUGCUGCAGGCGCUAAAGCUUCUCCAGAGACUCAUGGUAAAACAAAAAACCUCAAUAAAAGCACCUUUCAUCUUUUCUUAUGCAUCUCUUUAUGUAAAAGUGCUACAGAUUUACUAUGAAUGUCCUCCUAUGUGUGCUGAGUAAAGAACAUUCGAGCCAGACCAUGUGGUUGACACAUUACAUGAACAUAUUGAACCCAGUGUAAAUCCUGGUUCCACUUAGUGUAUACGAACAAUAGAGCCAAAAGUUUUCAGGAAUGUUUCAUGUCCAUAAUGUUAAAUUCAGUGCAGAUUCUGGGGAGCAACUUUGAUGUGUUUUCUUUCUGUGAGACGUCUCUUCUGAAAAUGUAGAAAAGAGAAGGAACAGCCCUUUUUUUUAUCAUGUCAUCAUCUGAGAUUUAAUCAUCUAUGACAAGUCCUAUAAAACUGUUAAUUCGUUGGCUUUAAACCAAACAGUACAAAAGGACUCACGAAAUGUACUCUAUAAGUUGUGAGUCAUGUAGUCUAACUGGCUUGACACCAACUGUGAUUGUGUGUGUAUAUAUGUGUGUGUAUGUUCUGACUUUGCAGAUGAACAAGAGUGGAUAAAUGAGGGAGUGUGGAGCAGCAGAUGAAAACAUGUACGCUCACAUUGAUCAGAGGAGGAACUCUCAGUCCAAACCCUUCCAUGAGAGCACAGAGUUCACUUUGCUUCCACAAAGGCCGCGGUCCUCUGGAAACACACGGCUCUCCUCCAAAUCAGAGUUCCUGGGUCUGCAAGGUGACUGCAUGAUAUCUGUCAAAUCACAUGAGACGGCAUAUUAUUAUUUCAUGCCAUACCAAUUUUAUUGAUUAUAAGAGUUGUUAGAUUACAUUUUCUACUUUUGCACGAUAUUUAUUUACUAUUGAUGUCUCUGAAUGUCUCAUUUGUGAAACAGCUUAAAGGGAUAUUCCGGAGUAAAAUUAAUUUAGGGUCAAACACAGCAGAACACUGAGUUAGACACCCCCUCAAGAGAUGAAUGUUGCCGACUGCUUGUUUCUCUAGUUAUACCAACCUUGGAAGACCUCAGACGAGUCCAUCACCAACUGCAGCGAGGUGACGCAGCUCAAGGAAGAACAUUUAUGAUCAUUACUUUAUCAUUUCCUUGAAGUAAUGAUCACCAUGUAAAUCAUCAAUUGCACUGCAGACGUGGUAGUUCUUCUACAUUAGCGUCUCGGUCUGAUUGUAUUUCCACGAAGAAAUGAUCAUAAAUGUUCUUCCUUGAGCUGCGUCACCCCACUGCAAACGGUGAUGGACUCGUCCGAGGUCUCGCCACAAACAAGCGACUGCAAUGCCAUUGUUGUUGAAAUGCAAUGACUGUUGCUUUAAUUAUUACAGUAACUAAGACAUGAGGUUCUACCCCUGUAUUUUCAUUGAUAACUAUUUCAGUGACCCUAUUUGAAAUAUCCAUUAUGUUUCAGAAGAAAACAUUAAAAUGUGCAUUCAUUGAUAUUGUGGGAAAGAAAUGCUGGUAUCUGGGAAACUAGGCAGGGCUUUGUUAUAUCAUGAACAAUAUACAUGUAAAAGAUAUCUAUGGCUCUACUAUAGGGUGACCAUACUCUGAAUCCCUUAAAAGAGGACACGACUACACAGGGGUUGAGUCUCUCAAAGUUAAUCUUGAGAGUUCUUCGGGUCAGAUCGAGUGUCUUUUAUGUGCUCCUAACUCAGUAAGUCUACGUGACACAAAUUCAAAACUUCCAUACAAAACCUCAGACAUUUGAAGGAUUUUAUAAACUUCCUUGGACAGAGCCGGACAGCCCCCCAAAAAGAGGACAUGUUCGGGUAAAAAAGGACAUAUGGUCACCCUAAUCUAUGAACCCAAAAAUUGCACUGUUGUUCCAAGUCAUGUAGCCCACUCAUGGACAAGUGAAAAUUUUACAUGUCAUCUUUACAUGCUCAUUUUGUUAGCAUCCACACACCUGCUGUAUUCAGGUCUGGUGAUAUCUUGAUAUGCAGAAAUUAAAAUGGUAAUUUAACCAUCCUGUCACAGUGCGGGGGUUCUGCUGUCCCCUCCAGCAGAGGCCCAGCAGCAGCAACAGCAGCAGCAGCAGCAGCAGCAGGACUGCAAACAGGGUGACACCACAGAGUCGAGGAGGAGGAGGAGAAAGUCUUACACUGCCGAACAGUCCAACAGGAAGGCUGGGCAGCAGAGGAAAACCAGCAUCCAGGACCAGGACUGAGCACAGACCAGAGAUGACCCCAGGUGGAGGUGGAGCUCUCUGCAUAUGCCCUCAAAGAGAUCCAGUCAGUGAAACAGCAGGUGAAAAAGACAGACAUGGUCUUUUGUUCAUAUCUCAGUGGAGUAGCUCCUUUUACCACACAAGCAUUGGUAUUUUGCUCAUUUGUUCUUGUCAUAAAUACAGGAGACAAAACAGAUCAGAUCAGACUCCAGGUUAUUUUUUCUCACAGUCUCUCAGGGCACUGGUAGAUUUCUAACAGGCCAGCACUUUAAAACCAUUAGAUGUCACUGGUAUAAUCAACACAACCAAAUCCAGAUUUGACUUUGGAUUAAGAGCAACAACAAUGUCAUCUCUAUUGUCUUACUGUAUCUGGAACCAAUAUGUUCCCUUUCCUUUCAUAAUAAGGACUAAAGCUGCUGUUUACGCACUCUCCUUACCACUUAAAAGGCCUUUCUAAGCAACACACAAACAUGACAGCUUCCAUCUGCCUGCAAAUCCACAUAAUCAUGUCCAGACAACGCGAAUUCUUCUCCUUCUUCUGGCUUCAAGCAGUAACAGCUGGGCUUGUUUUCUGAUGACUCAAAAAAAACAAAAAAACAAUCCAAUUUAUCGCCAAUCGACAUGAAAGUUUUUCUAUUUUGCAUUCUUUUCUCUAUUAUUUGGAUUAAGGGCAGUGUGUGUUCCUGCUGCAGUUUGGGGAACUGCCUUUUGGAUAUCCUCUUGAGAUAAGCAGACACAGUUGUUCAGAUAUUGUUAAGAUCCAUCUUUUUUCCUUUCUCUUUUUUGGCAUGUUGUAAAUGACAUCUGCAUCAUGAAUGUGAGCCGGUCGAAUCUCUGACCGUAGUUCAAAAUUCUCCCCAGACACUCCCACAACCCCCAGCAUAGAAAGACGGGCUCUACAUGCACAGCCCGGCGCCACAAAGGUUUCGGAGCUUCAUCUGUAUCUGCCUUCUUCGCUCAUGGAUGAUGAGGAGCAGGAUGCACAGACAGCAGAGAUGAGGUAUGAGUUGUCAGAGGUGGUGCUUGGGUGUGGAGGCUGUUGCGAAUCAUAAAAGAAGCCAUCUGCUCCACUUUCACGAAAUGCUCAUUGAAAAUCUUUCACGUCACAUCUGGGGUUUUUACCCGUCUUUCCAGAAACUGGAACACUGCUCCAAAUUCGGUCUCAGAGGUGAUGUCAGAAGGAGGGUGGGGGGACAAAAAUAUUUUCCCAAGCAAUUAGAACAACUGCAGAGCAUGUAAAAGCAUGCCCACUGGGUCUACAUCAGAUCUGUUUUAUCCAUGGAGUCAUUCUGUGCAACAGAAAGCCAAAGAGGAUGAGGUUUACAAAAUUUCUAAGAAAAGGGGUCCUGCAAAACCUCAAUAAAAAGGUGAAUGGCAACUCAGGGAUUUUUACAGAAAAGGGCAACCUCAUAAACCUGGGAGAGGUACCACUUGAUUUAAGAGAUUGGCCCUGCAAAAUGAAAAGGUAUCCACACAAAACAUCUAUAUUCAUUUCACAACACAUGCACACAGUUUGAGGAAAACAAGCUGCACACCACAGCGCUACAAAAUACUACAGAACUACUACCACAUAAAGACGGCGAGACAGACAAAUACCACACCAAAACCAUAAACACAACACUGAAUAUAACCAAACACCACAACAAAACCAAUUAACACAACAUGACAACAUGUGAUUAUAUAACCAAAGACGGGCUUUACACCAUAAUUAUUACACAGCAAAGUACCACAAUAUAUUACAGGACAACCAGAAAGCCCAAUUAGCACAACACAAACAAGCAACUUAAAAAAUAUUACGUCUGACUGCGUUGACAUGUUAAUGUGUCAAUCAGAGUUCAGUUAAGGUCAAAAAACAUUUUUUAAGUUCAUUUUUCAUUUUUUUUUUAUUUAAAUAAGCAUGACAAUCAGAUCAAUGCAAAGAAAUUAAGUAGUUACUUCUACCCUUUUUGCACACCCUAAUUAAGUGUGAAAUCGUUCAUUGUGCUGCAUGUUAUGUUUAUGCACGACUGCAUAUUUCUUCAUCUGUAACAGUGUUAAACUUAGAAUAAACUUUUACCAAAUAAGUACUCUGAUGUUGCGUUCACACCAAACGCAAAUAAAAUCAUCUACUUACUUCACGCAUAUCUGGACGUGCAAAUAUCGUGCGUUGAUAUGUUUGUAUCACGUCUGCAGAGAGUCCAAACCAAAGACUGUAUAUAGAAUGGACAACGUGAUCUCGCUUGUCUCCGUACGAAUUUGAAGCCAAAAUGCGCCCUGUAUUUCCAAGAAUUUCUCCAUCUCCUGAAACCGGCAUUUACACAGUGAUGACGCUUUGCUCAAACAAUGUAGCCCCCAGAUAUCCUACAUAACCAUCUUAUGCCCAUAGAUUGUCAGCUUAGUUAAAAACACUCCCUCUCAUCGUGACCGAGGCUUGUGAAAACACAAAAUAAGUUUCACUUCUCGUCUUGUGUUAAAUAUCAACAUAAUUGUGUAAUUUGCAUGUAUGAUCUACUCUAUUCUUGGGUAUAGUGUGCUAAAUUUGAACCCUUAGCAUUGCAUCAUUCAUGUCGCCGAGUAGAACACACGUCUUAUCGCAUCUUUGCGAGUUAUUCACUCACACAAAUGGUUUUACUUUCGUUUGGUGUGAACGCAACACCAAGCUGUUCCUACUUCUAAGUCGUGGUUUCAGAGCACACUAAUGUUGCAGUGCAUUAUUUAUGUGAAUAAUAAACCUAAAGGUCAAGACCAUAAAAUGCAUUUUGUUGCAUUCGAUUUCCAAAUUGAUAACCAAGUAUGAAUUGCUCGGCCCUGCCCCUGAGCAGAGUUUGAUUUGGAAGUUCCCUUUACACUGUAAGUUCUCUGUGUGUGUGGCUUUGAGACCAAUGAAAACUUAGUCUUCAUAUGCUUUAGAUAAAAGGCUACCUCCUUAUUGCAUUUAUUAGUGCAAAUAAACCCUCUCCUGUGGCAACAGCUUUUUUUUUCCAUGAUCUGCAUGAUUUUCACUUGAUCUUCAUUAGGAGAACCACACUGUAAACACAAGAACAGUACAAAUACAAAAACACAUGCAGAGUUAAAAAAAAACCAAAUGCAACAAUAGCAAGAUACUGAAAAUGACAUAACAUGCUGCAAAAAGUCAAAACAUCUGCAUAAACUGCUUGCACAAUUCGGAAACACACAAACAGAAACACACAAACAGCAAAUCUGACAGCGGAACUGCUCUAGGCCUCAAGGGGGGCUCAGUGAAGCGGCUUUUAGCAGCACCACCCCAUUGUAUCUACAGCUGUAUAAAGCUGAGGUCUCCGAGGGGACUUGACUUUCACUGUAUGUUUCUGUGCUCCUUGCAGGACUACAGCAGAGGACACAAACAAUGAGAAUCCUAUAAUCCCCUCUCACCCUUCACACACAAGUCAGGAUGAAACUAACAUAAGAUCUCAGCUCCACAUCACGUCUUCUGGAAACAUCACACAGAAGGACUCAGAGCAGAGCUGAGGUGCAAAGUGUUGAGGACAGCAGAGCUUCUAGGAGAUAACAGAUAGGGCCGACGUGACCUGACGAACCUUAGGAGAGAAAACAGCAAUGGGAAACCAGGCCUAGAUUGAUAAGGUCUGCAGCUGUGCACUGAUGGAGGCCCCACUCAUGACUUGAAAAAAAACAGGGUCACACUGGGGAGAGAAAUAAGAGCAUGUAUGUCCUGCCAAGCAACUGGAGAAAAAGCAGAGGUUUCUAGAUGUCUGUAGAUGACAGGCAUGAAAGAAAGACAAAGCUGACUUUAAACGGCACAGGUGUUUGAAAGAGAAGCCAGAUGGGAACUAUUUACUUUAUGACUACUGUACAAGAAUAAGUUUGUGACAUGACAAGAUCUACAAGGAUUCUUGCUGCUUGACAAAGAGAUGUGUUUGUUUGAAAAAUAAAAGGGCUGAAGACAUGAAGUGACAAAAAUCACCUUUUUAAAAAACACUCAAUUUAAAUAUUGUGGCCCCAUAAAGCUGUAAGACCCCUUUUCCUUAUUACAAAGCUUAUGAGAAACAAUUUUCAGAUUUUUAGAACAAUCAAGAAUGAUUCAAAGCUGAAUUGAUAAAAGAGUCAUUUGCUUUUGUGGUUUAAAAAAAAAUCAACAACUAUAAUAGGAAGUAUAAAACAA